AUGGAGCAGGUAGUUGUGUGUCCAAAGCCUUUUUGCAAGGCUGACUAUGAUGACCCGCCUUCCCAGGCUAACUAUGACGAACGCCUUGCUGCCAUUCGGGGUGAAGGGGUACCACAGGACGUGGACAGCCGGUUUGGAUGCUCAUCUGUGAUUCGAGGCAUCCGCUGCCAUUAUGCGUUUGCAACAAGCCCUGCUGUCAGGGAAAUCUGCAUAUCCCAUCCGGAAUUUGCCCGUGCUCGCAAUGCUCGACUCAUCAUGAGCAAUGUGAUCCCCGAAGAUAUGGACAACUCGGACAAGACGACACAGCCUUAUUGUAUAUGGUAUCCGGACUUUGCAACCGAGGACACCUAUCGCCAGAUAGCACAGCGCUUCCCAUCCAUGCGCUAUCAGGUGGGGCGCGCUUGUGCUGCGGCCGGCUAUGACAGUCUCUAUGCCGAAUUGGACCUACUACCAGACGUUUCAAUUGCCGAGGAAGCCCGUGAAAGCAAAACAGAAGGCGGUCGAGCUAUUUUUGACGCAGUGAUGGCAGUUCCUUAUCGCUAUGCUGUUAUGAACGACUAUACUUUGUCAAUUACCCUCGAGAACCCCAAAUUUCCAGCAUAUCUAAAUGGUGACACAGAAGUGCGGUGGAAACUUCAACAGCGGGAACCAUUACCUUUAGCACCAUUUGGAUAUGGAUGGCCAUAUGAGAAACAUUGGCCAGGUAUUGAGGAGGAUGAUCGCCUUACUGAUGGGGAGCGAGUACGACUAGAAGGCCAUACCCAUCUAACUCCCGAGGAAGCUCAGCUCCUCUAUACGCCACUUCCCCAGGAUCUACCCACUGUGAAUAAAACACUUUUGAUCCAGAUGGCAGCCUACGAAGGCAAUGUUGAACGAUAUGCGCGCCUUGUCCGACCGUUUGAGAUGUCAGACGUUGAGUUAUCCUGCGUUUUACGAGGAAUUUACCAUCACACCAUGUUUGCUCGCUUCUGGGCUGCUGAGAUUGAACAAAACUCAUGGCGUGCACAAAGGGUACCCGGCCGCGAGAUACCACCCAUGCGCGGGGGCAAGUAUAAUAGCCUCCGAGCGGCCAUCUCUGCACGUCGUAUCAUGAUCAACGAUAUCCAGGAAUUUUAUAAUGGAUGGCCAGAUGACGCACCGCAGCCAUUACUUACCUGGUUCCCUCUCAAACCAAGCAUUUAUACGCUAGAAGAACUUGCUAAUAGAGCACCCUCCAUGAGACAAGCAGUUGCAAUUGCGUGUAUCUUCUGCGAUUACGAAGAACUUUACAAGAAGAUUGAUAUCCCACCAGACCUCGAUCUCAAACUUGCCGCAGCGCAGUCUAGCAACCCCUUUUACCUUCAAGACAUUAAGAGGAAAGUCGCUGAGGGGGAUCUCCAUUUACAAGGCAGUCUCUACGUGGAUUGGAUGGAAUAUCCUAUGGAGAUUGUAGAAUAUAAUCACUUACUUCCACGUCUGCAAGAUGAACUUCACUUCGAUAAACAUACCGGCGCCCCUCACGGAUCUGAUUUAGAGACUGGUUCGGUACAAAGAUACGUGUGGUCACCCCCUGAAUUGCUGAAGAGAAUUGAAAGGUGCGAGCUCGGAUUUCUCCCAGAUCCCUCGGAGCUAGAAGAACCCUCACCCGAAAACGGUACCAAAUAA